AUGCUGCGCUGCGCUCCAUAUUACCAUACGGAUCAGAAACCUGGCCCCUGCGCUCUGUGGAUGUCAAAAAACUUUCAGUGUCUGACGAUCGAUGUCUUCAGUACAUUACCCGAGUCUGGUGGGAACACCGGAUCAGCAAUGCUGAAUGCCACGCCCGAAGUUAUUGCCGCUCAUCAGGCGCGGCGAGUCUAUCGAGCUCUGGUCAAUGACCCGUCAGCUGUUCAUCGGUUUACGGUGAUUGAUGCGUGCUCAGGUGCUGGAGUCAAUUCCAUUCAACUGGCUUUGCUCGGAUUCCAUGUGAUUGCCAUCGAAAUCGAUCCAGCACGAAUUGCCAUGUCCGUGCACAAUGCUCAAAUUUACGGAGUCCAAUCCCGAAUCGAAUUUGUUUGCGCCGACUUCUUCACGUGGGCUCGUGACCAGCUCAGCGAGAGGAACAAGACACAUGGCACGCUCCCUUACGGUGCGGUGAUUCUUUCCCCUCCUUGGGGUGGUCCAACCUAUUUGGAUCAGUCCGUGUUCGAUUUGGACUCGAUUCGUUUCGGAUCCAGUCCAUCUUACGACUUUUGGCUCGCCACUGAUCUCGCCAGCCAACUUUCCCUAGGCAACCUGGUCAUCUUCCUCCCCCGUAACACCAAUGUGGCUCAGCUGUCCGCUCUCAGUGCGCCUAUUCGUUCAGCCCGAUUGCGGUCAUCGGGUAGACACUUGACGACACAGUGUCCCGAUGAAAUAGAACUGGAGAUUGAGGUGAAUUUGAUCAAUUCGAAAAUCAAAGCGUUGACCGUCUAUUCUGGGGAUUUGUGCACUGGCCGUAAACGUCGAUCCACUCAUGUAUCCGACAGACCAAAUUGGUCCCCGGGCGAGGUUGCAUUUGGUCAUGAUGAGAAUGACAACGGCCAUUUUUAUGUGGAUUCAGACCUUUCUUCCAGUUGCUCGAGUUCUUCAGGUUCCUACCUCAGUGCAUCCGAAAAUUUCUGAACACUCGUUUGUAUCAGGUGAUAUCCUUGUAUCCUCCACUUUUGUACAGAUCAGAGACGUUUGCUCAUAUUUUACACCUGGAUUCUUCCACAUCAAAUGCUGCAUUUAUUUUUACCUGGUAUUUUUUC